CAUGCGGCGCGGAUACCUCAUCCAGAAUCACCGUCCAGUCACACUCAAAGAACUGUUGCUUUCUCUUUUUAUUUGUUUACUUUGUAUGCGUUCCAGCUCCUUAAGCUGAAGAGAACGUAGGCAGGGAACUGUGGACACGUCUUCAAUAAAUUGCAAGCAUGACUUUGGAUAAUAACGGAUCUUGAAGUGUCAGACUUGCAGAAAAUAAGGACUGAUAACAGCUCUCACAGAUCCGCAGCAGCAGAGCUCUCGUCUCCCAUCAUGAAGACUGCAGGAGAACCAGACCACCACAGGAGCAAACGCCAGAGUCUCUCCCAGGACGGGAUGCCGUGCUGGGGCAAGAGGGUCAGGAUAAAGCGGUACUUCUGUGUGCUGUUGGUGCUCUUCGUCUCUCUGCCGAAGGUGAACUGCACAAAGAAGAGUGUGCCAAGAGUUAAACUCAGCUACAGAGAGCUGAUCCAGUCUCGAAGUGUGGUGCCGUUUGUGGGUUCCGGUGAAGGACAGCAGUUUCAGACAGUUCUGUUGGAUCAGGAGAGAAGCAGAUUACUGCUGGGAGCCAAAGACCACAUCUACCUCCUGAACCCAGACAACAUCAAUAAAAAACCCAAAAAGCUGAGCUGGCCAGCUCUGAGAGACAGGGUGGAUAUGUGUAUACUGGCUGGCAAAAACCCUCUUACCGAAUGUGCCAACUUUAUACGAGUUUUACACAACUAUAAUCAGACCCACAUCUACGCCUGUGGCACUGGAGCCUUCCACCCCACCUGUGCAUUCUUGGAGGUCAAAGGUCACAAAGAGGACAGCUGGCUGCACCUCCACAGCAACAGCGUUGAAUCUGGCAGACUGAAGUGUCCUUUUGAUCCACGGCAACCUUUCACCUCGGUACUGACAGAUCAGUAUCUGUACGCUGGCACGGCGUCUGAUUUCCUGGGGAAGGACAGCACGUUUAGCCGCUCUCUCGGCCCGCCCCCUGACCAGCAGUACAUCCGAAUGGACAUCUCUGAGGACUACUGGAUCAACGAGGGCAAGUUUAUUUCUGCCCAUCCCAUCGCGGACACCUACAACCCGGAUGAUGACAAGAUUUACUUCUUCUUCCGCGAGGUGUCCCGUGAUGGGAGCACUACGGACAAGAGCGUGCUGUCUCGUGUUGCUCGGAUAUGCCGGAAUGAUGUAGGGGGUUUGAGAAGUCUUACCAACAAGUGGACAACGUUCCUCAAAGCAAGACUUGUGUGUUCCAUUCCUGGACCGGACGGAGUAGACACACACUUCGAUGAGCUACAGGACAUCUUUCUGCUUCCUAGCAGAGAUGAGAGAAAUCCAGUAGUCUACGGAGUCUUCACUACCACAAGCUCUAUCUUUAAAGGAUCAGCCGUGUGUGUCUAUAACAUGAAAGAUAUCCGUGCAGCGUUUAAUGGGCCGUACGCUCACAAAGAGGGACCAGAUCAUCGCUGGGUGGAAUAUGAAGGCAGAAUCCCCUACCCACGACCGGGCACCUGCCCAAGUCAGACGUAUGAUCCUCAUAUUAAAACAACUAAAGACUUUCCAGACGAAGUGAUCAAUUUUAUACGAGUGCAUCCGCUCAUGUACCGCUCUGUCUAUCCAGUGACGGGCCGACCCAUUUUUACUCGUAUCAACACAGAGUACCGGCUCACUCAGAUUGUAGUGGACCGUGUGGCAGCUGAAGACGGACAUUAUGCUGUUAUGUUCUUGGGCACAGAUACGGGUUUGGUCUUGAAGGUUGUCAGCAUCACUCAGGAAAACUGGUCCACAGAGGAGAUCAUCUUAGAGGAACUUCAGGUGUUCAAGAACCCCUCACCUAUCCUGAACAUGGAAAUUUCAUCCAAGCAGCAGCAGCUGUUUGUUGGAGGAAGUGACGGAUUGGCGCAGGUGGCCCUGCACAGGUGCCAUAUUUAUGGGCAGGGCUGUGCAGAAUGCUGUCUGGCGAGAGACCCGUACUGCGCCUGGGACGGCACCAAGUGUUCCAGAUACAUAUCAGCCUCCAAGAGGAGGGCUAGAAGGCAGGACAUCAAACAUGGAGACCCGUCCAGCAAUUGUUGGGACACAGAGGAUGGUGAGGAAGCGUUGUUAGGGAGGAAUGUCGAGGAGAAGGUGUUGUACGGAGUGGAGAGUAACUCGUCUUUUCUUGAGUGUGUUUCUAAAUCCCAGCAGGCCCAGAUCCGCUGGUUCAUUCUUAAACCAGGAGCCGACCACCGGCAAGAGAUCAAACCAGAUGACCGUGUGGUCGAAGCAGAGCGGGGUUUGCUGAUUCGUUGGCUCCAGCGUAGCGACGCCGGCUCGUAUUUCUGCACCUCUCAGGAACACAGCUUCACCCGUACCCUCCUCCACCUCUCUCUUCACGUCCUGGAACGAGGACAAAUCCAGGGACACCCAAGUGUUUCACAGGUAUCCUCAGAAAACCCCAUUGUGACGGAGAUCAUGGCAGCCGAACCUCGCCAACGCUAUAAAGAUUACUUGCGCAUGUUGAGCGGCCCUGCGCGCUCUCUGGACGAGUACUGUGAAACACUCUGGCACAGAGAGAAGAAGCAAAAACAGAAGGGCAAAUGGAAACACGUCCAAGAGUUCCGCAAGAAUAGGAAUCGACGUCACUACUAGGGCCGCCAGUGAUGACUCUUGGAUUUGGUUGCGAAGAGCCACAAUGCCCACGUAAGCAUUGGCAGUGGAUUAGCUGAAUUGAAAACCAAAUACAAGGAGAGAGUUUAUCCUUCUUUCAGUGUAUGAAAAGCAAGGAUACUUAGAAGUAUUAUGUUAUAAAACCUACAUAAACCUUGUUUUCGUUUUGAUUAGUUCACCUAAAGCGACUACCAGUCAUCUUGACUGCUCAUUACAAUUCCAUACCAUGGAGAGACAUAGGUAUGGUGUAGGUUUCAUGUGAAUAAAAAAAAAAAAAAGAAUUUUAUUUAACCUCUCUUUAAAUCAACACCAGCAUUAAACCACUUAUUAAAGGCUUUUCAGCUAAAUGUAAAAAUUUAAACAAUUAUGAAGCACAAAAUGAUUCAUGGAACAACAAAAAUGGAAAAUUUAACAUGCAAAAAUAUCAAAACAUUGUUUUGGUCAACAUGUAUCGUAAUAUAUAUCGUAUCGUGUUAUUUAAAACACGUGACAACAUGCCCCGACCUGACUUUCAUGAAAAAAUACCUUGUCCUAAGAACACAUUUAAAUCUGCCUUCAUAAUAUACUGUAGUUGACCAUUGCCUGAAUGUAUGCCAAUGUGCUUGUUUAGAGCUAUAACAAAGAUAUAAUGAUGAUAGUGAACAUUUACUUUGCAGUGUACAAUUCACAAAAAAAGGGUUUUGAACAAGGUGUUGAAAAAUAACAUACAAAACCUCUGAUAGAGUAAACUAACCCUAAUCCAAAUUGUAUCGUUAUUGAGAUAUUGGCCAAAUGACAACUUCACUGUGUGCUUUAUUUCUAGCCCCAGUCUCCCCUAUUAAAAUGACAGACCUCUUCAAUCUCCAUAACAUAUAAUCUAAUACACACAGGAGUUUUGUAUUAAGUUCAGAGCAAACAUACAUUUAUUUUGGCUUUGGAAAUUAAAGCAACAUGGCACCAGUUCAUUGCGCCUUAAUUGUAACCAAGAAUGAAAAUGCAUUCAUGUUGAAUGUAUGUAAAUAUUUAUAUUAUUUGUACAUGAGAUUGUGCAUGCUUUAGCAUUAUUUACACAGAAUGCUCUUUUUUUAGAUUACGACUUUAACCAAGCAUUUAAGUUACAUUGAUUAAAGUACAUUGUUUUUGUAUAUUUGCAAUGUGUCUUACUGUAGGUUGUUUGUUUAUGCUAUGUGAUUUUAUUUAAAAGGAAAAUGGUGUUGAAAUAAAUGCUUUUUAUUUCUACUUAACUGCA